CUUCGCAAAGAAAGUCAGCGCAUCCUCCUUCUCUGCUGUCUUCAGCCACCGUGUGUGGUUUGUGCGUCCAAAAUGAGCGUUAUCCUCUGCACAGCGGGCUAUGACCAUACCAUUCGUUUUUGGGAAGCGCUGUCGGGCAUCUGUUCACGUACCAUCCAGCACCCAGACUCGCAGGUAAACCGGCUCUGUAUUACCCCCGACAAGCGCUAUCUAGCGGCAGCGGGCCAUAACAAUGUCAAACUAUAUGACAUCAAGUCCACCAAUCCCAACCCAGUCAUGACUUUUGACGGCCAUACAAACAACAUCACCGGGGUCGCAUUCCACUGCGAAGGCAAGUGGAUGGUCACCAGCUCGGAAGACGGCACGGUGAAAGUCUGGGACACCCGCACGGGCAGUUUGCAGCGCAAUUAUGCACACAAGGCCCCUGUGAACGAUGUGGUAAUUCAUCCCAAUCAGGGUGAGCUGAUCAGUGGUGAUCGCGCCGGUAUUGUGCGGGUCUGGGAUCUGGGCGAGAGUGUCUGCACCCACCAGUUGAUUCCUGAAGACGACGUUGCCGUUCAGAGUGUUAGCGUCGCAAGUGACGGUUCUUUGCUCUGUGCCGGAAACAAGAAGGGCAACGUUUACAUCUGGCGCAUGCUUCAGGAUGCCGAAAUCACUCGCAUCGUACCCAUCUGCACUUUCCAGGCCCACAAGGAUUACCUCACCCGAAUCCUCCUCUCUCCGGACGUCAAACACCUCGCAACCUGCUCUGCCGACCACACGGCCAAAGUCUGGAAUCUGGACCAGGACUACCCCCCAGCGAAGAUGGCCGCGGCCAAGGCCAAAGUGAAAGCUCUCAGCCCCGGCACCCCGGACGUCGCAUCGCCGCAACCCACGCCAGACAGUCAGCUAGGCACGCCAGGCAGCGACAAGGUCAAGGCCGCCACCGAUUUCAACCCCUUCAGUCUCAUCGACGGGAUCACGCCGCCUCCCAGCAACGAGCCGCAACAGACCUUCCCCGUCCAGCCCGACGGACCUCCCAUCGACGCAACCACCGCGACUCUCUACCUGGAGACGACGCUGGCGAACCACCAACGCUGGGUCUGGGACUGCGCGUUCUCCGCCGACUCGGCUUACCUCGUGACCGUCUCCAGCGACCACUACGCCCGUCUAUGGGAGCUGGCGUCCGGCCAAGUCAUUCGCCAGUACAGCGGACACCACCGCGGCGCGGUCUGUGUCGCUCUCAACGAUUACUCCGAGCCUCGUUGAGCAAUCGAUAGUUAGAUGCGGUAGGACGAGACCAGGUACCACUGUACUACUUAAUUAGGGCGUGUGAAGCAGGAUACCCAGGAUUUGGAUUGGCACGAUUAAGUCUAUUUAAUACGGGUAAGCAUGGCGCCAGGGAUCUGGGGACGUGAAGAAAGGUGUUUUGCCUUUUCUUUGUUCGUCUCUUGAUUGGAGUUUCGGUUUCUUUUCUUUUCUUUUCUCUUAAUCUUAUGUCUGCUGUUUCUUCUCUUUCUGUUUGAGGUUCUUUGGAUGGUUUACGAGCUCUGUUGCAUAUGGACUUUGCUUAUCCGAGGAUCGCUGCCGUCUGUCUGAUACCACACCAACAUAUGCGUGACGUUCUAGAAGCUUUUGUCAAUUGAUCAUCUGGUAUAUUU